CUGAUCCAGCCUGAUGAUCCUAUCACGCCUGAUGACCCCAGUGCCCGCUGUCAUACCUGGUGACCCGAUGCCCGCUGUCGAGCAGACGAUCCAAUGCCUGAUGACCCAGUGCCCGCUGUCAUGCCUGGUGACCGAUGCCCGCUGUCGAGCCAGACGAUCCAAUUGCCUGAUGACCCAGUGCCCGCUGUCAUGCCUGGUGACCCGAUGCCCGCUUCACCAGGUGACCCGGUGCCCGCUGUCGUGCCAAUUGACUCAGAGCCCACUGUCGUGCCUGGUGACUCGGUGCCCACUGCCUUGCCAGAUGACGCAGUGCCUGCUGGCGAGCCAAAUGACCUGAUGCCUGGUGACCCGAUGCCCGCUGUCGUGCCUGAUGACCCGUGCCCGCCGCUCUCCGCCUGGGGGCCCGGUGCCUGCCGCCCCUCCUGGGGGUCCGGCGCCCACCGCUCCGCUGGGGGGCCCGGCGCCCGCCGCUCCGCCUGGGGGCCUGGCGCGCCGCCUGGGGGCCCGAGG